GUUGCAUGUCCUACUAAAUGUGACACAACCGAAUACCUGAAUUAAGAAAGGCAUCUUUGGGUACCUUUAGUUUUCUGAUUCUUGGGAUCUCAUUUUCUUCUCAUCACCUUCUCCAUGAAGUUCUCUCAGAUCACUCCCAUCUUCCCACAACUAAUCAUUUAUCCUCUGCAUUAUUAGAAGAGAAAUAAAUCCCAAAGACUCAAACUUUUUAACUUUUCUUGAUUCCAUCCGUUUAAGAAUGGGCAAAGAGUGGUGCAGUGUGGGUUUCUUGAUUGGGGUCUUGGCACUGGGGCUGCUGGUUUCGAAGGGGUCGGGCGUGGGGGUGAACUGGGGGACGAUGUCGUCCCACCAGCUGCCCCCGCGCAAAGUCGUGAAGGCGUUGAAGGACAACGGGUUCGACAAGGUGAAGCUGUUCGAGGCGGAUGCCGAGAUCCUGGACGCCCUGGCGGGGACUGGCAUUGAAGUUAUGUUGGCACUGCCCAACCUGAUGUUGCAGGAGAUGAGCCAAGACCCCGGUGCUGCCUCUGCUUGGGUGGAGGCCAAUGUCACCCGCUAUUGCUGCUCUCCCGGGGGUGUCAAAAUCAGGUAUGUUGCAGUUGGAAAUGAGCCAUUUCUCAAAACAUACAAUGGGAGCUUUGUGUCUUACACAUUGCCGGCACUGAGAAACAUUCAAGAAGCCAUAAACCAAGCUGGGCUAGGGACAGAGGUGAAGGCCACCGUCCCCUUCAAUGCCGACAUUUACUUCUCUCCGGACUCAAACCCCGUCCCGUCCGCCGGAGAUUUCCGGCCCGAAAUACGCGACAUCACGAUUCAGAUCGUCCAAUACCUGACCCAGAACGGCGCCCCCUUCGUCGUGAACAUCUACCCCUUCCUCAGCCUCUACAGCAACGCCUACUUUCCCGUCGACUUUGCGUUUUUCGACGGGUUGAGCAAGCCCGUCCGGGACGGCAUUGCGGUGUACACCAACGUGUUUGACGCCAACCUCGACACUCUCAUUUGGGCGCUGAGGAAGGCGGGGUACCCCAACACGAAGGUCGUGAUCGGGGAAGUCGGGUGGCCCACAGACGGGGACGAAAAUGCGAAUGCCCAAAAUGCGAUGCGGUUCAACCAGGGGCUAAUCCGUCAUGCUUUGAGCGGGGAAGGGACCCCAAUCAGCCUAAUCGAUGAGAAUGCAAAGAGCAUCGCUCCCGGGAGCUUCGAGAGGCAUUGGGGGAUUUUCGAGUACGAUGGGAAGCCAAAAUAUGAGUUGGACUUAUCGGGUAAGGGGGUAAGAAACAAAGGGCUUGUGGCGGUAGAAGGGGUGGUGUACAUGCACAAGAGAUGGUGCAUUUUGAACCCGGAGGUUGAAGAAAUAUCGAACGACGAUGAGCUGGCGAGGAACGUGGACUACGCGUGCAGUCUCUCAGACUGCACGGCGUUAGAGUACGGGUCCUCGUGCAAUCACCUGAGUGCGCGAGGGAACGCUUCAUAUGCCUUCAACAUGUACUAUCAGUUCAAGAAUCAGAACGGGUGGGAUUGUGACUUCUCUAGGCUGGCAGUGGUCACGGACGUGGACCCAUCAGACGAGGAGUGUCUCUUCCCAGUGAUGAUCACUGAAGCCCACUCUGUGAUGCUCCUGCACAAGAGGCUUUUGUAUAUUUUGCUGGCCAUUGCUGAGGGCUGCAUAGUCUUUUUGCUUCUUCUCCCCCUCAAGUUGCGUGGGGCGCAGCAGCAACAACAGUUGAGGAGCAGCAAACCAAGGGAAACGAAAGAGUGUGAAACUGAGGAUGAAAGCCUUGACGAAGUGGAUGAGGAUAUUGAGCAAGAUCAAGAUCAUGAGCAAGAAGUACCGACAGAGGAGGAGCCUAUUGUCAAAGCACCUGUUGUAGUUUUGGCACCUAAACAAUCACAAAGACAGAUAUCUAAAAAGGAAUUGAAGAAGAAGGAACUCGAAGAACUGGAAGCUAUGGUUGCAGAAUUUGGGUGCAACCAACUUGAGGAAAUGGAUGGUGCACCAGGUGUUACACAUGAUAAAAUAGAAGGGAAUGAGAAUGGAGGGAUAGAUGGGAAGGAUAAUGGUGGUGGUGAGAGUAAGAAUGCGAAAAAGAAGAAAAAGAAACCAAAAGAGGCCAAAGAGCAACGAAACGGUGUUGAGGUUGUCGACGACAAAACUGGAGUUGAGAAAGAGGAAGCUGAAGAUGCUGUGGGUGUUGAUGUGAAGGAGAAGAUCAAGAAAGUACAGUCCAUGAGGAUAAAGAAGUCAAGCAAAGAGAUGGAUGCUGCUGCCAAAGCUGCCGCUAGUGAGGCUGCUGCUAGGAGGGCAAAGGUAGCCGCUGCGGCUAAGAAGAAAGAGAAGAACCACUACAACCAACAGCCAUUGCGUUGUUUGUUCAUCAUGAAUCCAAGGGUUGAAGAAAUGCAUUUCCCCGACCUUGACAUCCCCAUAAGAAUUGAUAGGGUAUCCCCUGUCCUACCAGAAGGCCCCAUUCCAGUAGGCCAUGGGGAUACCCUAUACCUCUCAAACCUCGAUGAUAUGGUGGGGGUCCGCGUCUUUACCCCAACCGUGUACUUUUACCGGCCACCGUGUGAUCCAAAACCGGUGACAAAAACCCUUGAAGAUGCCCUUGCAAGGGUACUAGUCCCUUACUAUCCUUUUUCGGGUAGGUUACGAGAGUGUGGAAACGGGAAACUAGAAGUGUUUUUCGAACCAAACCAAGGGGCUGUUCUAGUUGAGGCACAUUCAGAAAUGAGUUUGGGGAGUCUUGGAGAUCUCACUGUGCCAAAUCCUGAUUGGAAGGCUCUGAUUUACAGCUUCCCAAGUGAAGAACACUACAAAGUGAUUGAUAUGCCUUUGUUGAUUGCACAAGUGACACAGUUCAGCGGUGGUGGGCUCAGUCUUGGGCUAAGGAUGUGCCAUUGCCUUUGUGAUGGCAUUGGGGCAAUGCAGUUUCUUAAUGCAUGGGCUACCACUGCUAGAGAAGGUUUUGUCAGUCUAAGGCCCAACCCCUGUUGGGACAGAGAAUUUUUCCGAGCGCGGGACCCAGUGAGGGUCGAAUACCCACAUCUAGAGUUCAGCAGAAUCGACGACGAGUCGACCCUGACUAGGAGUCUUUGGGAGACAAAGCCUACACAAAAGUGUUUUCGGGUUACCCGAGAGUACCAGGCUUUUGUUAAAAGCCUGGCUGGGGAUUCAUUGUCGACUACAUUUGAUGCCAUGGCGGCUCAUAUAUGGCGGUCGUGGGUUCGAGCCCUCGACGUGAAGCCUCGCGACUACGAGCUUCGGCUUACAUUUGCCGUCAAUGCACGCCAGAAGCUUAAGAAUCCCCCAUUGAGGGAAGGGUUUUACGGCAAUGCGUUGGGUGUGGCGUGUGCCACAAGUAGUGUGAUUGGGCUUCUUAAUGGGCCUCUGGCAGACACGGCUCGGUUGGUUCGGGAGGCCAGGCUGGCGGUCUCAGAGGAGUACCUAAGGUCUACAAUUGACUACAUUGAACUGGACAGGCCUAAGAAGCUCGAGUUUGGAGGGAAGUUGACGAUAACCCAAUGGACCAGAUUUUCAUUAUACGAAUCCGCAGACUUCGGUUGGGGAAGGCCCAUUUAUGCCGGCCCAAUAGACCUGACUCCAACCCCACAAGUUUGUGUGUUCUUGCCAGAAGGGAGGGAAGAUUGUGAUGGGACAAUGCUUGUAUGCAUUUGCCUCCCAAAAUCUGCAUGCAAUAAAUUCAAAGAGCUUUUGUACAACUUCUAAGGACGUGUUUGGUUGGAGUGGAGGAGAUGGUAUGGAAACAAAGAGAUGUGUUGAAUUUUAAAAUAAAAUAAUUCUUUUAUUCCUCG